AGCACCAACCAACCACACGCUGCCGCGCAUCGCAUCGGCAUCCCCCGGGAAGAGGAGAGAGAGAUAGAUAGAUCCAUUCGGGACGACGAGACGACACACUUACAACGGCCGCCUCGGUCUCCCUCUCCUCCUCCCUAUAUAACCUCCUCGCCCCCGCUCGCGCGAUCGAUCAUUGGACAUUUGUUCUCAGCUUCAGCUCGGCCCCCGUCUUCUCAUCACCAGCUCAGCUGUGGCCGGCCGCGCGCGAUCCAAGUUGCUAGCUAGCUAAGCUUUUGUAACUGAGAGUGAGCUAGCUAGGUAGCUGGGUAUUGGGUAUUAUAUUGCGAGAGAUAGAGAGAGAUGAGCUGCAACGGGUGCCGCGUGCUGCGGAAGGGGUGCAGCGACGCGUGCGUGCUGCGGCCGAGCAUCGAGUGGAUCGACGGCGCGCAGCCGCAGGCCAACGCCACCGUCUUCGUCGCCAAGUUCUUCGGCCGCGCCGGCCUCGUCGCCUCCCUCGCCGCCGUCCCUCUCCACCAUCGUCCAGCGCUGUUCCGGUCGCUUCUGUACGAGGCGUGCGGGCGGACGAUAAACCCGGUGAGCGGCGCCAUCGGGCUCAUGUGGACGGGCAACUGGGACCUCUGCCAGGCCGCCGCCGACGCCGUCCUCCGCGGCGACUCCCUCCGCGCCCUCUCGGCCGUGCCAGCCGCCUUCACCGACCGCGACAUGGCCGGCCUCUACGGCAACGUCGGCGCCGCCGCCGGGACCUCCUCCUCCUCGCCCGACAACGACAACUCCUCCGCCUCCGCCGCGCCCCGGAGGAAGCGGCCCAGGAAUAACGGCGCCGGCGCCGGCGUCGGUCAGCAGCAGCUGCCGCACGCGGUGGCUGCGGUGCUCCAGUCCUGCGAGCUGGACCUCUGCCUCACGCCCGUCUCACCGCCGGCCGUGCAGCUGGUGGGUGGGGGCGGCGGCGCGUCGGACGAGCACUCGACGACGACGUGCGAGGAAGCCAGCGACGGGGAUGGCGCCGGGGCGCCCACGCUGCUGAACCUCUUCAGCUGAUCCUGAUCGAUCGAUCCAGAGCUGUACGUACGUAAUUGUAAGCUAAUUAAUUAUGCUUAAUUUGUAGUGGCAACUGUGCAGAGAGGGUGAGGGUUCAAUCGAUCGAUCACCAGGUCGGCUGUGUGGUGAUUAAUUAUAUUAGUUGCAUCUGUAUUGAUUAGUUGAGCCUUUUUUGGUCAUGUGCAACUUAAUUGGUUUUGUAGUGAUCAAUGCUAGCUGCAGACUAUUAACUGUGGAUUAACAUGUGGGCGGUUUUCUUUA